UUUACCAUGUAGUGAUGUAGCUAACUACUGGAACUACACACUACUGUUUUACCAUGUAGCGGUGUAGCUAACUACUGGAACUACACACUACUGUUUUACCAUGUAGCGGUGUAGCUAACGACUGGAACUACACACUACUGUUGUACCAUGUAGCAGUGUAGCUAACUACUGAAACUACACACUACUGUUUACCAUAUAGCGGUGUAGCUAACUACUGGAACUACACACUACUGUUUUACAAUGUAGCGGUGCAGCUAACUACACACUACUGUUUAUCAUAUAGCGGUGUAGCUAACUACUGGAACUACACACUACUGUUUACCAUAUAGCGGUGUAGCUAACUACUGGAACUACACACUACUGUUUUACCAUGUAGCGGUGUAGCUAACUACUGGAACUACACACUACUGUUUUACCAUGUAGCGGUGUAGCUAACUACUGGAGCUACACACUACUGUUUUACCAUGUAGAGGUGUAGCUAACUACUGGAACUACACACUACUGUUUUACAAUGUAGCGGUGCAGCUAACUACUGGAACUACACACUACUGUUUUACCAUGUAGCUAAUUACUGGAACUACACACUACUGUUUUACCAUGUAGCUAACUACUGGAACUACACACUACUGUUUUACCAUGUAGCGGUGCAGCUAACUACUGGAACUACACACUACUGUUUUACCAUGUAGCGGUGCAGCUAACUACUGGAACUACACACUACUGUUUUACCAUGUAGCGGUGUAGCUAACUACUCACUACAGGUUUAGCAAAAACAAAAGAAAUGGGUCAAGUAGGCAAUAAUUUUUUCGCCAUCAGACCAUCCUAAUUCUCACUUGAAACAUUUGUUGUUGUGUUUAAUAGGCUGAAUUACACAUUCUGUUAACAUCUGACUCCCAGAUCGAUCUGUUCUUGCAAUUUGUAUUCUAUGACAUUUUAAAUUUAGAUAUGAUAAUUUAUCAGGAAGUAGUUUUGAUGUAUUGAACUGCUUUUUUAAAGUAACUUUAGUUCAGUAAACUGUAUUUUUCUUAAAAGUAGGUUUAGUGUAGCUUAACUUCUUCCAGUAGCUUGGUAAACAAUCUUUUCAGAGUAGCUUCCACAACACUGCGUUAAAACCAUAAUUGUUGUUAGCUUCCUGUUUCCUAAAUGGUGCAAAACAUUACUCCUAGAAACAUCUGAUCCAUUUAUUUACAACCUCAGAGGAGCUUUUGUGUAUGUGGGUGAAAACACAAGACCUUAAGGAAAAACUGUUAUAGAGUAUACUGGAUUUCUGUCUUCAAGGUAUGCAAGCCCGGUAGUUCAGGUUGAUCAUGCUUCUCUCUCUCUAUCCCACCUCUCCAGCUAAACAAACUAAAUCUGAUGAAAAGUGUACUAUUAGAAAUGACCCUGUUUACUUUUAAAAUAUAUCGCUUCUGUACUUCAGAGGGCCACUGCCAGCCUGCCAUGUCCCACUUUCUUCACUUCUCCAGCUAAACAAAAAGUCUAACCUAACCAAAACACCUUAACAUCAACACAAUGACAACUCUUAUUUACUAUCUUCAAGGUAGUUCAGAGGGCCACUGCUACUAUGCAAAGCUUUUUCUCUCUCUCACUCCACUUCUCCAGCUAAACAAAAAGUCUAACCUAACCAAAACACCUUAACAUCAACACAAUGACAACUCUUAUUUACUAUCUUCAAGGUAGUUCAGAAGGCCACUGCUACUAUGCAAAGCUUUUUCUCUCUCUCACUCCACUUCUCCAGCUAAACAAAAAGUCUAACCUAACCAAAACACCUUAACAUCAACACAAUGACAACUCUUAUUUACUAUCUUCAAGGUAGUUCAGAGGGCCACUGCUACUAUGCAAAGCUUUUUCUCUCUCUCACUCCACUUCUCCAGCUAAACAAAAAGUCUAACCUAACCUAACCAAAACACCUUAACAUCAACACAAUGACAACUCUUAUUUACUAUCUUCAAGGUAGUUCAGAGGGCCACUGCUACUAUGCAAAGCUUUUUCUCUCUCUCACUCCACUUCUCCAGCUAAAUAAACAGUCUCAGCAGUCCCAGACGUAGCAGGGUGGAGGGGCCUCCAUUCCCGGCCCCUGAUUGGACCACAGGCCCCUGAAUGGCUCCAUUGAGCACCACAGGAAGAAUUUGGGGAGACUCUCUCUCUCUCUCUCUCUCUCUCUCUCUCUCUCUCUCCCUCUAGCUGCCGCUGUCUCUCUCUCUAAUUCUCCCUCUUUCCCUCACUCUCUCCCUCUAUCUGCUUCUCUCUCUACUUCUCCCUCUCUCCCUCGCUCUCUCCCUCUAUCGGCCUCUCUCGCUCCCUCUCAACUUCUCACUCUUUCCCUUGCUCUCUCGCUCUCUCUCUCUCUCUCUCUCUACUUCUCCCUCUCUCUAUUUCUUUCUUUCAUUCUCUUUAGGUCAGUAGAGGAAUGUGUGUGAUUUGGCUAAACAACUGACCACUCAUUUCGCAGUCACGCAGCAAACCUCCUUCUCCCUCCCUCUCUCCUUCUCUCUCUACCCCCUUCUUUCAUUUUCAUGUCUUUCACUCCUUGUUGCGUUCCCUGUUGUACUGUGGUUGUGAACCUCGUGAACUGUUAAUCCUGUGGUCAGUCAGUCGGUGGGUUCAUUGGUCUGUACAUCACAGGAGCCAUGGUGGCAGUAAACGGAUCAGGGGAGAAGUGGAGGCUGGUGUUAUUGGGGGCUUUCCUCAUCUGUGGGUUAAUCCUGGAGUUUGGACAGUGCCAGCAGGAUGAGCAGGAGGGACGGACCACCCCGCCAGACCGUAAGCCCAAAUCCAGUAAGGGUAAACCAGUGAGGGGAGCAGGUAAAGCCACAACCAAACCCAAACCCAGGUCUAAAGCAACACUGGCUCCCCCAUCAGCAGUCAACCAGGGACCUGUUCACCUGACACAGGUGGUGAACAAGGGGAAGUUCCGGCGUGUUGCCGACAGUCUGAGCAUCCGGUCGGGUGACACCCUGGAGCUGAGGUGUAAAGGGAACCCUGUUGAGUGGGGCGUUCCUGUUUACCUGGAGGAGGACGACGAGGGGAGACUCAGGACGGUGCAGCAUGACCGGUAUGGCACCCUGACCCUGUCCAACUCUACAGGAGCAGACACUGGAGAAUACACCUGCUUCCCCAUGUACUGUGAAGACAGGGACUGCAGGAAGGUGUACGACAAGGCUGUCAAAGUCUUUGUCUUCUUCCCUGACCCACAGGAGCUGUUUGUCCCCUCUUCCUCCUACUAUGAGGUCAUCCAGCUGAGGACCAAUUGGCCAACAGUCCUCCCCUGUCAGGUGACAUCACCUGACGCCAAGGUGUCUCUGCACCGGGAAUUUCCCCCGGUAGAGGUGGCGGUGGACGGAGCAGAGAUCACGUUUAAUGUUAAACAGGGAUUCACUAUCCACCGGCCCAAGCUGCACCACGCCGGGGAGCUGUACUGCGUUGCCAGCCUUGGAAACCUCAGGCAGAGCUCCGUCAAGUACAUGCUCAUAUACGUCAACUACCCUGUGGCGCCCCCGACCCCAGUGAUCCAGGCGUCCUCCAACUCUGUGGCCAUUGGUCAGAACCUACAGGUCACCUGUACUGUGAUUGGAGAACAGGACGUGGUCAUAGACUUCACCUGGGAGUACCCUGGGCAACAGAUCGGCAGGCCUCUGUACACCCAGGACAGUGUUCUUCCGGACGGAGGGGGUCUGGGGAGGCAGCACUCCCAGACCGUCCUCCUGGUGGAUGAGGUGAGGGAGGUGGACGGAGGGACUUACACGUGCACAGCCCAGAACCUGCAAGGCUCCAGAACCACCUCCACCACCAUCAAAGUGCUAGCGGCUGCUGCUAAGGAUAAGGUCAAAGACAAGCCCAAGCCUAAAAAACCCUGAGAGUCAAUAGACUUCAGAUCAGAAAUGGGAGAAGGAUGGCAUAGCCACGAAGGAGAAGGAAGUAGCCUAUCAAGAUGGAACUGGAACUGUAGAAUGAGUUGGUUCUAAGUCCAUGGGUGGAACCUUGUUUUAAUUGACCAUUCUACUCCUGACGUUACUAUGUACGUAUACUGUGAAGCUAUAGGGCUCAAUGAGUGAGCUCUCAAGUAGCUCAUGGAUAUUAAAACAGCCAGUAGUUACCACACACACAGCAUAGAAGGUUUACACAGGGCGGAGGGAAAGAGAAAGCUGGGCGGAUUAAUGUAAAUUGGGGAGAGAGAGAAAGGGAGUGGGGGGAGCCAGAUAGCAUUCUGAGCAUCUACAUUGUAGUGAAUGUAUUUUGAUAGACAUAAUUAAUAGAAUAUAGACAUAAUAAAUAGAAUAGAACAACGCACCCGUAUCAAUGCAGAUUUAAAGGACCAUCAUUCAGACCUUCACCUUCUUUGGUGUGCGUUUCUAUGUCGCAAGUAGUGUUCCUUUUGUACCUGUGAGAAUAUCUCCUCUCCAACUUUCCACCGCCGACAGGUUUCUCUAGUGUUCUCUCUUCCUACUUCCUGUUUGUCUCAAUAAAGAAAUGUUUUCGUAGACUUA